UUUUACACCUCAGAGACGUCAACUUUGAUGUCUUUCUGGUUAACGUAAACCUGAACUGGACAGAAGCUCAGAAGUUCUGCCAGCUCCACUUUACCAACCUGGCCAUCUUGAGGAACAAUUCUGUGGAUGUCCGCCAGCAGAUUUUCAAUAUGGGAUUGGAGGGCCUGUGGAUUGGACUCUCUCAGCUUAACCAGGUGUGGUCGUGGGUGGACCUGAGCCAAGUGGACACUGCAGACUGGGCACCUGGAGAACCAGCAUCCACUGGGAAUUGUGCAAUGAUCAUGGAAAGUGGGUGGACAGUGCAAGAUUGUGGCUGGUCAGGUCCAUUCCUGUGUUACCGAGAUAUCAACUAUAACCUCCAGGGCUUCAAUCCACAGCUCUUCUACAUUUCUAAUGUUUUAAUGAGCUGGAUGGACGCUCAGGACUACUGCCGGCGGCACUUCACUGACCUGGCCAUCUUACCCUCCAACGCUAAAGAUGUGCGACAGCAGUUCUUGAAGCUAAGCCUUAACACCUUCUGGGUUGGACUCAGUCACCCUGCCUCCAUGUGGAUCUGGGCCAACGGGUCCCAACUUCAAGACGCAGACUGGGCCCCGGGAGAGCCAAGCAAUGUGGGUCCAGAUGAGAGCUGCGUGGCAGUGUCGGACAGCGGGUGGCACCCCAGAAACUGUAGCUGGUCCUUGCCAUUCAUGUGCUACAAAGAUGACACCGUGACACCUAUUGAUGUGCAUCAGCCCACCUCGGGGACAUCCACUCAAGCCCACGAGACCUCAGGAGCCCCCAGAAGCACACAGUCAUCAACCCUCAGGACAUCCACUCAAGCUCCUAAGGUUAACUCAAGCCCACCUGCUUCAAGCCCUCCUGCCACCGCACUAAGCACCACCAACAGCCUGGCAUCCUCAAGUUCUCAUCCCACCACGACAGACUGGCUGCCCAGAAGAACGACGACAGCCACUUCCAGCACCUCAAGCCGGAGAUCUCAGCAGACCACCAGCGUCCUCCAGCUGCACCCUCAGAUUGCAGGAAUCUUGCUGAUGGAGAGAAUGACGUGGCAGGAGGCCCAGCGGUACUGCCGCCUGCACCACCGAGACCUGCUCAGCGUCACCAACGCCCUGAUCCAGAGCUCUUUGGCUUCGGUUCUGCGACGCCAUCACGUCCCCGGAGUGUGGCUGGGCCUGCGGAAGCACGCGAUGCUGGAGUACUGGUACUGGAUUGGGAAUGGGCAGCCAGUGCAGUACAGCCACUGGGAAGCGGGACAGCCCAAUGGCACACUGGGAGAGCUCUGUGGGAUGGCCUCGAGGACCCCUGGUCACGAGUACACCUGGAGUGACCAUUGCUGUGGCGCUCGGCUCAGCUUUGCCUGCCACUGACCUGUGUUGGUGGAGUCUGAGGCCUCCACAGAUCCACAAAGCAGAUGUUAACUGACGCCCACCACCCGGGUACCCCCUCAGCCUGUCAUGUCUGGACGCAGGUGCAAGUUUCCACCCUGCUCGA